AAGUGUUGCAUGUGAAGUUGAACAAAGCUUGGCUUUUGUCCUGACAGUCUCACAGCUAGAAUGUAAAUGCCGGCUUAAUAAUGUGAAAUAAUUUUACAAAAUGCUCACAAUUGUGACCCCCACACACUUUUUUUUUUUUUUUUAAGCUCUGACGCAUGUUGACGAACAACCUACUCAUUGUCACCUCUAAUUGCGCACAAUUUAGGGUGAGAGUUCAAUGAGAGUUAAGUUUCCAUUCUCUUUUUCUCUUUGGAAAAAACAGAAAUAUCAUGGUUGUUUUUUUGCGUAGGUGCUAAUGUGACGUUCCCUGAGGUAAAACGGCUGAAGAGAUGAAAUAUGAAAGGACGAACGUGUUUUGUAGAGCAAGUAUACAAGAAUUCUCCAAACACAAACACAAUGAUUCAUUCAAAAACUGCUGAACGAUAUGUUCAGCAGUUUUUGUCACUGUUAACAAAUGCAUGCGGGCCAUGACCAUGUAACUUCUUAGUAUCUUCUUUUAGUCCAUUCUGUUACAUUUUCUUGUGAUUUUUGCCAGCUUAUAGACCGCAAUGACAUGAUAGCAUCACACAGUUGUUGCAGAUUUAUCAGUUGCAAAUCUGUAAUGCAAAUCCCAUUCCUCCACAUCCCAAAGAUGCUCUAUUGCAAAACCUGUUAGUUGUUAUCUUGCUUGAAGCAGCCAGCACAAGAUGUGUACGUUGUGAUUCUAAAGAGAUAGACAUGAUCAGCAACAAUUCUGGGAUAGGCUGUGGGGUUUUAAACAAUGCUGUCAGGAUUAGAACCCGGUGUGGUCUGCUGCUGCAGCCCAUCUGCUUCAAGGUUCAGUGUGCAAGUUCAGAGGUUCUUUUCUGCAGACUUUGAUUGUAACAAGUAGAGUUAUUGUGAUAAACAUCAACAAGACAUUUUCACCCAAAGAGCUGCCGCUUUGGAUAUUUUCUCUAUCAGGCCAUCCUUUGUAAGCCCUGGAGAUCAGCAGUUUCUGGAAUACUCAAACCAGCAUGUCUGGCACCAACAAGCAUGCCCUAUUUAAAGUCCCUUAAAUCCCUUUUCUUCCCCAUCCUGAUGCUCAGUUAACUUCAGCAGAUUGUUUUGAUCAUGUCUACAUGAGUAACUGUACAAGGUGAUGCCACUGUAUGAUUGGAUACUUACAUUAAUAUAAAUGAAUGUACAUAAAUAUUAUAAUGAACUACAUAGGUGUAAACUGUAUAUGUAUGCUUUGGGAUUUAACUUCAUGGAUCUGGUGUCCAUGUCAGUAAGUGAUCUUUAAGUCAUUUACAGGCCUCAGGAAGAAAUCCUGCACUAGUGAGCAACUCAGCGUGAAAGUUGCUUAGUUGCCACAGGAUGUUAGUGGUCAUUACGCAGACACGCUACUCACCUUACAGGAAAAUAUAUGUGCUGCAAAAAAAAACCAAAAAAAAAAAAACAGGAGUAGGAAAACGAUGAGAACUUUGGUUAGUGGUAUGAGUUUUUUGGCUCGUAUCAUAAUAGUGAAUCACGUUCUCUGUAAGUGGAUGAGUAAUGUGAUGGCUUCGUGGGCAGUCACCUUUGAAUCAGCACUUCCUCAAGGAGUUGUGUACACAAAUACAGUUGAAAGCACUUUAGGUGCUGUAAAUUAUGUUAAUGUUUUUUGUUUUUGUUUAAAAAAACACAGUUAUAUCUUUUCAUUGAGGUUCAGAUAUUAGCAGUGUUGGAUUACAACCAUGUACACAUUGUACAGUCACAGAAAUAUAGCCACAGUUAUAAAGGUGCAAAAAUGUCCGUCUGUAAGGCAAAAUAGCAGAGACAUCUCUUCUCCAGGUAUCACUAAACUCACCGUUUGGACUUGGCGGCUGACUGUGAACCAACACAUUUCCUUUUGCUUUGCUAUUUGCGAGUAGGGUCAUGCUUUAGAGCUACGCAAGCUGAUGAAUGACCUCUUUUUAGUUUCAAAGAGACAUGAAGGGUAUUUCCCAAAGCCUGACCUGCAUAGAUCCAUCCUCUUGGUCUCCUCCUCAGUCAUACCGGUUACAUGAUUGCCUCAGAAGCGCUAUGCACUAAACCGUGAACUGAAUGAUCAAAUUGAGCUAGCGCUACAAAAACUUAUGAGGGGUGUGGAUGCUUACGUUUUUUUUUAUGACCAAAAAGUAUGAAUUAGUGUAAUUUAUAGUUAUAAUUUGAAGCAUAUCAGUAGAAUUCAACUAAGGGGGUACAGUGACAUCCCUCGGCUGCCCUGGACCUCCAAGGCCCAUCCAAGAUUGUGAGGCCAUGCAUGCAAUGUCCAUUUAAACUUCUAGACAAGUAAAUAGUGUCAUGCGACAUAUACCUGACAUUUUGUGUCCGUCUUUCUGAAACAAAACGGCUUCACCUCAUUCAUUUAACCACCAGCAGGAGUAGAUCACCCAGUUUUAUGAUAUAUGAAGCAGCCUGUGAGAAUAAACAUAAAACUUUUCAGACCUCUGCAGUUUUUCUAAACACACCUAAAGUCACUCAGAUGCUUGAAUAUUGUCUAUGAACACUGGAAAGCCACAUUUAUCUGAACUUUGUGUUGAGCAGACAUAUUGCCAUGAUAUUAAUUAAGGUUCUCUUUAAGAUACUGUGUGUAGAAAAAGUGUUUAUUCUUUCAGGCUCAAAGAUCUGUGUGAAUAAGGUCUGAUAAAGAGUUAGGCAAUAGGAUCAUCAGAGAGUAAGCCCCUCCUUUGGAGGCCCAGUGUUUGUCAGGUUAGCAGUACGUGCAGUCAUCGUUUCCUCUGGGAAGUGAACUGGUGUUACUUUGGCGCCUGUAAUUAACAAGCAUGUCGAAAACGUCAGAAGAGCGCUCACUUUUGGUUCUGGAGAACUACAUCGGAGGAAAGUUCGUCUCUUGUCGGAGUUACAUCGACUCCUACGACCCGUCAACUGGCGAGGUCUACUGCAAAGUGCCGGACAGUGGCAAGGAGGAGGUGGAUGCAGCAGUGGCAGCAGCUAAAGAAGCGUUCCCCGAAUGGUCUGCAUGCAGCCCAGAGCAGCGAGCGAAGAUCCUCCACAAACUGGCUGACCUGAUUGAGGCCAACCUUGAGGAGUUUGCACAAGCUGAGUCCAAAGACCAAGGUAAAACGAUAACAGCUGCACGGACUGUGGAUAUUCCCCGGGCAGCGUACAACUUCCGCUUCUUUUCGACAUCCAUGCUUCACCACACCACCGACUGCAGCCCAAUGGACCACAUGGGCUGCCUGAACUACACUGUCCGCUGCCCCGUGGGAGUGGCUGGUUUGAUCAGUCCCUGGAAUCUGCCCCUGUACCUUCUGACCUGGAAGAUUGCACCUGCAAUCGCUGCAGGCAACACAGUGGUGGCCAAACCCAGCGAGAUGACCUCUGUGACCGCCUGGAUGCUGUGCAAGUUGAUGCAGCAAGCAGGUGUUCCUCCCGGUGUCGUCAACAUCGUAUUUGGCAGUGGUCCAAGAGCCGGUGACGCGCUUGUUAGUCACCCCGAGGUCCCUUUAAUCUCCUUCACUGGGUCCACAGCCACUGCCCAGCGCAUUACCGAGCGGAGCGCCCCCUACUGUAAGAAGCUCUCACUGGAGCUGGGAGGCAAAAACCCAGCUAUUAUUUUUGCUGACGCAGACUUAGACCAGUGCAUCGAGACCACAGUCCGAUCCAGCUUUCUCAAUCAGGGUGAAGUCUGCCUGUGUACCAGCAGGAUUUAUGUAGAGAGGAGUAUUUACUCGGAGUUCCUGGAAAGGUUUGUGGCUGCGGCUAAGAAGUGGAAGACUGGUGUCCCCUCUGACCCCAGCAGCAAAAAUGGAGCGCUCAUCAGUAAAGAACACCUGGAGAAGGUUCGUAGCUAUAUAGCCCUUGCCAAAUCAGAAGGUGGCAUAAUUCACUGCGGUGAGGGGCUCGACCAGCUGGACCUCCCGCAGCGCAACAAGUCUGGAUACUUCAUGCCGACGACGGUCAUCACAGGCAUAUCUGACAGCUCCCGUGUCAUGCAGGAGGAGAUCUUUGGUCCCGUCACCUGCAUCAGCCCUUUUGAUACUGAGGAUGAAGCUGUUGCCAGGGGCAAUGGUGUACGUUACGGUCUGUCAGCCACAGUGUGGUCCAAGGAUGUGGGGAAGGUUCACAGGGUGGCCCAGCAGUUACAAGCAGGUCUGGUGUGGACCAACUGCUGGCUGGUGAGAGAUCUGAACCUCCCAUUUGGAGGAAUGAAGAACUCUGGUGUGGGAAGGGAGGGAGGAAAAGAUUCCUAUCACUUCUUCACAGAGGUGAAGAGUAUCACUAUCAAGCACUGAGAGAGGAAAGUUUGUUUAUUUGUAGAAUACAAAAGUCAAAAAUGUCUGGAGCGACAAAUAUAAGAAAACAAUCAAAUCCAAUAUAAAUUUGCCACUAUUUGCCAAUAAAGUUGCUGAAAUUGCA